AUGAGUACAAAUGAAGGAGUAGAUCUCAUUAGCAAUCUUCCUGAUGAACUCCUAGCUGCUAUCAUAUCCCUCCUUCCAGGCUCCGAAGGUGUGAGAACCAGCAUACUUUCGCGACGCUGGAAAUCAAUAUGGAUGCACUCUUCCCACCUCAGCUUCGAUCAGAGACAAAUGUUACGGCCUUUUAUCGAUUUAUAUCUUCAAACUACGAGCCCAUACAAGCGUCUUAAAACAGCUUUGCGUCGUAAGGUAAUGCCUAGAGAGGAAGGAGAUGCAGAUGCAAUUGGCCAAGCAGCCAUGCUGAUCAAUUCAAUCUUGGAUACUCACUCUGGUCCCUUAACAAGUUGCAAGAUUCGACACAUGGAUGAGAGCUGUGCAAGUGGGGAAGCUGUGGGGUGGAUGAGGAAGCUAUUGGAGCAGAAAGGGGUGAGAGAGCUUUCCAUGGAACGCGAAUCCCCUCUUAAUGCAUUUCGUAUACAAAAUGGACAACGUAGACUGGAAGAACAUGGAAUGACUCUCGAUUUGCCUUUUGAUAUUUUUUCAGGUUUUGAGGUGCUUCAAUUGAAGAAUUAUUACCUUAAUACUUCACCCUCUGUUGAUGUUCCUCAAACUUUAAAAACCCUAACAUUUAUUAAAGUGAGUUUGCCGCCAGUGGAUUUGCAAGGGAUUCUCUCCAACUGUUCAUCCCUUGAAAAUCUAACUCUUGACUCUUGUGGUUUCAGAAAAGAGGUUAAGAUCAACUGUCCAAGUCUCAAAUUUUUUAAAAUUUGUAGAAUGACUGUGAAUGAGAUUGUGAUUUCUGCUGCUAACCUUGAUGUCAUAGAGUUCGAUACCAUUGUUUCUAACCCUCAAAGACUGGAUUUAAAGGCUCCAAAACUUAAGGUUCUCCGUUGUUACAAUGAUUUCAAAUUUGAAAGGCGUUAUUAUUCUGCAUCUGGGAAAAAGCUUUUGACCUCAAUGGAGCUUCUAGAAGCUUGCCGUGAUAUUCAAAGUCCUCAGAGUUCAAGCAUCGCCAAUGUAUUUGAGAAUCUGGUUACUCUCUCCAUUGAAUUAGAUUUGAACAAUGUCAGAAAUGUCAUAUCUCUCUCUUAUUAUCUUAGAUCUUGCCCUCAUUUGCAGAAUCUCGAAAUAAACAAUAAGGUUAGGAAUGAGUCAAUGGAUCACUACAGUAGUGUGUUUAAUGAUAAUGGAGAUGAUUGGCUGCUAUUCCAUAAGCAUUUCUUUUGGCAGAGAAGGGUGCAUUUUGAAUGUAUUAAUCACCAAUUGAAGACCAUUUGCAUAAGGGGUUAUACAGGUAAAAAACUUGAAGUUGAAUUUGUUAAGUGCAUAAUAACUACUGCUGAAAAGAUGGAGAGGAUCACAAUUUGCUUUGUUGAUGAUUGCUCAUGGGCACAAGCCACUGCUACUUUCUGUUUGUUGGCAUUUCCGAGGGCCUCUAGAAAAUUGUCAAUCAUUCUGAAACCUGGGAUUGAGUACAUUACAAAAGAUGUUGCUAAUUCUUAUAGAAUUGUGAAUUGGAAGCGUAGUGAUGAUCAUCCACAAGUGGAAGCAAUGAAGAGCAAACGAAAUAUUAAGGAGUAUUGUGACAAUUAG